AGUCAGUUUUUCUAAACGAAGUAUUUGGGUAUGUAUCAUACAAUCAAUGGAUAUCACAUUUAUUUAUCUAUAGCUAUCGCAAAUGUUAGUAUUUAGGAGAGGAACAACCUGCUCCAUAGCGGGGUUAGUUGUUCCGGUCCAAGCGAUCGCAUAAAAAAAGUUCUGGUACGAAGACUGUUUAACAAUGAACAAAACAAAAUCAUAUUCAGAAAAGCUAAAUAAUCAUUCCUUAAAAUAGCGCAAGCCUCACAAUCUAACCACACUGUUUUCAUAUAUGGUUUCAUGAAUGUAAUUAUCGGAACUUUUAGCCCCGCGCUUUACUUGAUCUUGGCUGCUCACUACGCGCAAGAAGAAUUAGGAUAUACUCGAGGCAGGAUUAGAAUAACAAUAGCCUAGGGUUAUGCUUUGUUAUUGUGAUACUGAGAUCGGGAUAACGAGUUCUAUUCACAACGUAACAUUCCAACUCAUGCGCUGAAGAACGGAGGUCGCUAGGAGACUCGUGUAGAGACAAACAAGUAAAAUAAUGGACGGUAUAAUCCCAAAUGUGACCGCGUGGUGUCCAUCGGCGUUCAGCGGUGCGACGGGCGAGAUGUUCGCUGGAGCUGUAGCAGCAGUGGUUGCUGCGCAUUGCGCGUUUGUCGCUGCGCCGUGGCCGGCGGAUAGCUCUCAUCAAAUAGUGGAUAAAGCUACAGAACUAUCGUAUGACUUCAUAGUAGUGGGAGCAGGGACUGCGGGUUCGCUUGUAGCUAGUCGCCUCAGCAAGCACUGGUCUGUGUUACUUCUCGAAGCAGGCGGUGACCCGGGACUGGAUAGCGAGAUUCCGGCGUUUCUUUACAAUAACCAGAAAACUGCCAACGAUUGGAAUUACAAAACUGAGCCAGACGGAACGAGCUGCCUGGGGCUCAGACACGAACGAUGCACUUGGAGUAAAGGAAAAUGUAUGGGCGGAUCUAGUUCUAUCAAUGCCAUGUUGUACAUCACAGGACACCAUGCAGACUAUGAUAGCUGGCAAAGCCUCGGGAAUACAGGCUGGGGAUAUAAAGAUCUCUCAUUAUAUUUUGACAAAGUCGAGAAAAACCUUAACUUGAACGAUUACAGAUUUAAUGCCAACCCAUUGUACAAUUUGUUCGAGGAAGCUUAUAAAGAACUAGGCGUAUUGCCAAUCGAUAAAUUAAGCAAUGAGGCCAUUAUAGGCACAAAAAUAACCAAACUCCUAACAAGAAACGGGAAACGUUUGAAUACUGCUAAAAUAUUUAUAAACGAGUCUCUAAACUUGCAUAUCUUGAAAAAUGCCGUAGUGCGCAAGGUAAUUAUAGAUGCUGAUUCUAAAAUUACCGUCGGCGUGGAGGUCCAAGUAACCAACGGCAAAAUUAUGCAAAUAAAUGUUAGGAAAGAAGUAAUACUAUCCGCUGGCUCCAUUGGUACACCGCAAAUUCUUAUGUUAUCAGGAAUAGGUCCUAAAAAGCAUCUUGAAGAGAAAAAGAUAAAUUCGAUAAUAAACUUGCCAGUUGGUCAAAAUCUGCAAGAUCAUAUCUUCUUUCCAAUUUAUCUAUCAAUUAAAGAUACUGUCCCAAUACCGCCCGAGGCAUUUACUUUCUUUGUGAUGCAAUACGUUUUAACUAGAACUGGGCCCUUGUCUACAAUAGGUGUCACUGAUUUCAUGGCUUUUAUCAAUCCAAACGACAACAAUAUUCCCAACAUUCAAUUGCAUCACAUGUACAUUCCCAAAAAUGACCAAUUAAUGUUGAAAAUUUAUAUGAACAAUACGGGAUAUAAAGCGGAAGUCAUUGAAGCAGUUGCAAAGUUAAAUAAAGACUAUGAAUUGAUUGGGCUUUAUCCUACUUUGCUGCACCCAAAGUCCAAAGGAGAAGUAUUAUUGGCUGAUAAUAAUCCUACAUCGAAACCAGUUAUCAAACCAAAUUAUUUUAAAAAUCCUGAUGAUUUGAAGCAACUGAUCGAAAGUGUAAGAUUUGUAUCUAAAUUACAUAAUACUAAUACCUUCAAAGCUCUUAAUGCAAAACUCGUCCAAAUUAAGCUACCAUUUUGCACGGAGUUCUCGUUUAACACUAAUAAUUACUGGGAUUGUUACAUAAGACACAUGGCAACUACUGUCUACCACCCAGUUGGAACUGCAAAGAUGGGUAUGAAAGAAGAUCCAAAUUCGGUAGUGGAUUAUAACUUGAUGGUGCAUGGAGUGGAGAAACUGAGAGUCGUGGAUGCCAGCGUGAUGCCAGGUAUUGUGGGAGCUAACACGAUGGCGACAACCUUAGCGAUUGCUGAAAAAGCUGUUGAUAUGAUAAUAAAAUUAUACAAUGUAAAAGAUGAAUUGUGACUGUGAAAAAUCUAAAGUAUUGUACAAUCCACAAUAUUUUAUUGUUUAAAUAUAUUACACAACCAAUAUUAGUAGUGGCUAGAUCUUAAAAUUGAUCAUUUCCUGAUGUGAUCAGUUGGCCACAUCAUCAAAAAAAAAACCUAACUUCACCAUAUCAUGAAGUCAACGACAUGAGGCCACAACAUUUAUAUAGGCAGGCCCCAAAGACGUAGAAUCGAUCUAGCUUUUUUUUGAUUUUAUACAUUUUCUUGAUUUUUGCGUGCAGAAAAUACCAAUACCAUGUAAGAGUAACAUUAUCACAACUAUUUAAGAUGUUGGUAUCGAACAAAAUAUCAAAAUUAAUUAUUAGAUACUGUUAUUGGAUUAUUUAUUGACACAAUCAGGAUGACAUCGUUGCGGCUGGCGUGGCGAGGAAUCUUUCCAGCACUAUGGCUGCAUGAGGCCGAGGUGGCCCAGAUUAUCCACCAUACAUAACUCCGCAUUGGCACCGGUGGGGCAUGUUUGUUGAUUCCCCUAUUCUGAGACAGUAAUUACUGUUAUUAGUAACAAAAGUCAGUUGUUGCGUUAAAUUCUGCUGUGACAUUUUGACACUGCCAACAUACUUUAUUUUCAUUGUGCGUUCAAUGAUGCAACAUCAUGCUACCAACUUUUUUUGUUUUGGUCAACUUUACGUGCAGUUUACCUGUCGACUGUAAUAUAUUGUUAAUGCUUAAUAUAAAUGGAAGAUUAUGGUUUGGUUUCGAAACCGUCUUUCGUAAAGGAUAUGAGAUAUGAAUGAUUUUAAUUGUUUUUUAAAGUUAGUCAACUGAGUAAGGAUAGGAAAAAUUUAAGAAUGAUGGAUAAAAAUUAUAAAUACGUUUACUUCAUUGUAUCUACACUGGUCAUGUAUUGACUUAGUAGAAUAAAACAUGUAUGGCGUUGAUAUUAUUAAAUUUAAUACCU